UGUCCCUCAUCAUCCCUUCAGCUGCACAUGAGGAUGGACAACUGAACUUGAUUCAGGAAGAACUAAAACCUCUCAAAGAUGGGGCCGAAGAUGAUCUUUGGAUGGAUUUGUUCUUUGACUCUCACAGUCAGCCUCUCAAUUGGCUUCUUUGCAACACCUGUGAAUACUUAUGAGUGUCGCGUAGAUAUCCCUGUUGAACAGAAAACAUGUGACAGAAAUAACAGCAUUGUGUUGGAAUCGGAACUACUCUCUGGGAACAUCAAUGAUUUCUGUAAUUAUACGGUCUCGCAGUACGCAUGCGCUCAGUGCAAUGUAUUGGCGCAGCUGACGAAUGAGAACUUGACUUCGAUCUUCGAAUGUUUUGUCAUCACGAGACCUGUCAAUAUCUCUGAUCUGAAUGCCACCACCUUGUUCAUGCAGAAGAUCAGCCUGCCAAAGCUGGAGAUCUUGCUGAAGGAAUUCAACAGGAAGAUUAACGACACAUUGACAAUUCCAUUGAUGUCAAAAGAAACAAUUUUACAAGCUAUCUGGGAGAGAUAUAAAACUGACCCGAAGAUAAACAUUACCACCUUUAUGGACACCUUCACACAGCUUCUGAUGCCAUUUAUUGCUGGCAUCUCCCAACCGAUUCUGGAUUCACUUCAGUACUCGGACAUAAUGUGUGAAAACUUCAAAGCAUUAGUGCAUGGAGUCAGUGCAGGCCUGACAGAGAUGGAUUUUCACAUAAAGAAAUCACUGGAGAAAUGGAUCAUUGGUUACAUUAAUGCCACAGGUCUGGACUGCAUCGCCAAUAUCAGUGAAUCCAACGAAUGGCUUUUGAAAAAUUGGGAAUUCAUCAAUGGUCUCAUCUUCCCUGAAAAUCUUACAAGCGCAAAUUCUGGUGACGUCAGUACAGCUGUCGUUCAAAAUGAGACGGUGAAGGAGGUAUUGCUCACCAGUAUCAUCGGCUCUCUGAAACCCUUGUUUCCAGUGUUCACCCCACUUAACUUUUCCCAAUGGUUUCAAGUCAAGCUACCGCAAGUGUUACCUGCUAUAACAGGGCCUGAGCUGACCACCAUACCGACCAACAUAACAUGUGAAUCUUAUCAAGCCAUACUGAAAGGAUUUGACACCGUCUUGUUAAGCUUAAAAUCGUUCCAGUUUUCAGAAUUGUUCAACUUCAGUAAAAACAUCCUGACCUCCCAACUCAAUUCAUCAGGUAGUGCCUGCGCAGGCAACAUGACGGGUAGCCGUGAAUGGGUGGAGAAGAAUUUUUUGAAAUCCAUGCAAGGCUUGAAUUUAAGCGACCUCUUCGCUCUGAACCCAAACUUUUCUGGGUUCGAAGUGUUGGACCUCCUCACUCCACAACUGCUUGCUGAGUUGACUGUGAGCCCACAAGCAUGGUUCAACGCGGACAGGAUCGAUCAGAUCUUUGAUACCCUCACCGAUCGAAACUUCAGCGACCUAGAUACCUAUUUCACAUAUUUUAAUUACGAUACACGCAUGAUGAACAUCACAACUUUUGCUAACACUACAGUGAGGGAUCGGAUGCUACACAGGAUCAUACGGCUGUUGCAACCCUUGUUUUCAUCAUUUAAUGCUUCUGACUUCGCAAAGUGGUUUCAGGACAGUUUAAUUAUGUUGUUGCCCAGUAUUACAGGAAGCAAUCUUGGAGCAAUACCCACCAGCAUAUCCUGUGAAUCUUACCGAGCAAUAAUCCAAGGCCUGGAUAAUUUGUACCCAAAUUUAUCGAAGUCACAACUCAAUGAUGUUUACAACUUUAGUAGAACUUUUUUGAAUUUGCAAUCUGACUCACAUGGAAUUGGAUCAGUUCCCUGUACUGAUAACACAACUGGACUUCGUGACUGGUUACAAAAAAACUUCCUGAAAUUCGUGGCAGAAAUCACCUUCUCAGACAUGCCAUUUAUAAACACACAAUAUUAUCUGUUCGAAAUAUUGGAUCUGCUCAGCAUACCAGAACUCUCUGGACUGACUGUGGAAUCAUUGAAUCAUACUUCACGCAUCAACCAGAUCAUUGACAUCCUGAGAAAUAGAACCUACGGUGACUUGAUCGGAUAUGUUACCCAAUUUAUCAACGACACGAGAGUGAGGAACAUUACUGCCAUUCAACCAUUCUCAACAAGUCGGGCAAUAUUGACAGGGAUUAUAUCGCAGCUCAGAUCGUAUUUUACAAGAUUUAAUGGUGCAGAUUUUGCUGAGUGGUUCCAGGACAGACUGCAUCUGCUGCUGCCUGCAAUUGACUACAAGUUGUUGGAGUUGAUACCCACGGAUAUAUCCUGUGAAUCCUACCAGGCAAUAAUGAAAGGACUGGAUAAUGUGUACCUACAUUUGACCCUGGCACAGAAUCAUGAUAUUUACACUUUCAGUAAACGUUUCCUAAGUUUCCAGCACAGUUUAUCAGGUUCUGUAGGCAUCGCUUGUGCCGAAAACGCGAAGGGAACCCUUGAAUGGAUCAUCAAAAACUUUUUAAGAUUCUUGUCAGAAUUUCAAUUCCAUGACUUCACAGAUCUGAAUAAGAACUUCUCAGCUGUUCUCCCAUCUCAGCAAUAG